UUUUAACAAUAAACUAUCAUAGUUUUAAAUUAUUUAAAAUAAUGUACAUGUUAUCAACAAAUGUGUAGAUUAUACAAAAUAUUAUUAUUGGAAUCCAAAAUUGUGUGACACAAUCUUAAAUUUUAAAAUUUCUAAAAUUAAUUUUUAAUGGGCAAAUUAAUAAAAAAUGUAACGGAAAAUGUUUAUAAUGUCAUUCCUAAACCUUCUAAACCUUUUGUAGAUAUUAAACGUAUUAAAUGCAUUGGAGGAAAGGGAGGUGACGGGGCUUUGGCCUUUUCUAAACAUGGUCCGCACCAUCUACUAGGUCCUGGUCUCCCAGUAGGCGGAAGAGGUGGAAAUGGAGGCAGCGUUUAUGCUGAACCUAUCAAGAAAUUGAAUGAAAGAUCUGAUUUCAGCACUAUUCCAUCAGUUGUAACCGCCAAACAUGGCUCAACAGGCAAAGGUAAUAGAAUUAGGGGAAAUAAUGGAGAGGAUAUAAUAUUAAAAAUGCCUAUUGGUAGUCUGAUAUAUAAAUUUGAACCUUUUGGCGAUUUGGAGAAUUGGAGGAAUUUGUGCGAUAACUGGACCAAAACCUUAAUCGCAGAUUUUGACUCAACUGAGUGUGAAAGAGUAUUACUGGCUUCUGGAGGAUUAGGUGGUUUGGGUAACAAUUUUAGAACACCUUACGAAUCGGAAUUUGGCACCGAACCUGAAGAAAACUACUACGAAUUACAACUAAAAUUAAUCGCCGAUGUUGGCUUAUUAGGGUUACCAAAUGUUGGAAAAUCAACACUUUUCUCAACAAUAACUCGAUGUGUGAGUAAAGUUGGUAACUAUCCAUUCACAACCUUGUCACCCUAUGUUGGAUAUAUAAAAUUUAAUGAUGGAUUUGAUUUAAGUAUCGUGGAUUUGCCUGGAAUCAUAGAUUGUGGAAAAGAAAACUUGUUCCUAGGUCAUCUUGAGCGUGUCAGACUAAUUUUAUAUGUAAUUGAUCCCUGUAAUCCAACACACAACUGUAUAGAUAAUUUUAACACUCUCAGGGAAAAAUUAAUUGGAUUUAAUUUGGCUGAAAAGCCCUUCAUAAUAGUAACGUCUAAGAUGGACGUUGCAUGUAAAUUAUCUUGUCAAAGAACUGACGAACUACAACAAUACCUGUUUUCUAUUGGAAUUAAUGCCCCAAUUAUACCAAUCAGUGCAAAGUAUAACAUGGGCCUAGAAAGCUUGGUGAAAACAAUGCGAAAAUCACUAGAAUAAUGUAUAUUAACCGAUUA